AAACCGCUUUCUUUCCACUCUGUAAGGACAUAAAUGUUUCGCGUUAGAGCGCAUGCGCGGUUAUGUCUGCCAUUUCCUCUUCCUUGUAUUAUAUUGUACUGAAGUGCGGUUGUACUUUUUCUACGGACUGUUUUUGAUCCAAAAGAGGAUUUCGACUAUUUUUAUGAGUAAUCAAAGGCAGCAGAAGCCCACGCUAACAGGCCAGCGUUUCAAGACUCGUAAAAGAGAUGAAAAGGAGAGGUUUGACCCUUCCCAGUUUCAGGAGAGUAUUGUACAAGGUCUGAACCAAACCGGUACUGAUUUGGAAGCUGUUGCGAAGUUCCUUGAUGCCUCUGGUGCAAAGCUUGACUACCGGCGAUAUGCUGAGACCCUGUUUGAUAUCCUGGUGGCUGGUGGGAUGCUGGCCCCAGGGGGAACUCUCUCCGAAGACGUGACCUGCACAGAAGUCUGUCUCUUCAAGGCACAAGAGGACAUGGAGACCAUGCAGGCAUAUGCGCUGGUUUUCAACAAGCUCAUCAGGCGGUACAAAUACUUGGAGAAGGGGUUUGAGGAGGAGAUCAAAAAGCUUCUGCUGUUUCUCAAGGGCUUCACAGAGUCUGAGCGCAACAAGCUGGCCAUGCUAGCAGGAAUUCUGCUGGCCAAUGGCACGCUGUCUGCAUCCAUUCUCAGCAGCCUCUUCAAUGAGAAUCUGGUCAAAGAAGGUGUUUCAGCAUGUUUUGCUGUAAAACUCUUCAAAUCCUGGCUUUCUGAGAAGGACAUAAACUCCGUCACUGCCAGUCUUCGAAAAGUUGGCAUGGAUAGCAGACUUAUGGAACUGUUUCCUGCCAACAAGCGCAGUUGUGAACACUUCUCCAAGUACUUCACUGAUGCUGGACUCAAAGAGCUGUCAGACUUUGCCAAAAACCAGCAGUCUAUGGGUGCCCGCAAGGAGCUGCAGAAAGAGAUUCAGGAUCAGAUGUCACGUGGGGAUGCCCUCAAGGAUAUUAUUGCCUACAUUCGAGAAGAAAUCAAGAAGAACAACAUCUCUGAACAGAUGAUGAUCGGAUUAAUUUGGUCCAGCGUAAUGAGCACCGUGGAGUGGAACAAGAAAGAGGAACUGGUCACAGAACAAGCCAUCAAACACUUAAAGCAAUACAGCCCACUGUUGAAGGCUUUUACCUCCCAGGGCCUCUCAGAGCUCACACUGCUGCUGAAGAUCCAGGAAUACUGUUAUGACAACAUCCACUUCAUGAAGGCCUUCCAGAAAAUUGUUGUUCUGCUCUACAAAGCGGAUGUCUUGAGUGAAGACGCAAUUCUGAAGUGGUACAACGAAGCCCAUGUAGCCAAAGGAAAAAGCAUUUUCCUUGAACAGAUGAAAACAUUUGUGGAAUGGCUCAAGAACGCAGAAGAAGAGUCGAAGUCUGAGGAAGAGGACGCAGACUGAGGAUCUUUAGCUACAACAACCAUCUAGAUGCACAUUUUCGGAUGAACGAAGCACCAGAUGCUGUCCAAGGAUGUGUUGCAGAAAUCUGUCAACAGUUUUUUCUUUGUAUAUUCUCUACCUCUGCAUAUCUUGUUCAGCUAUCACGGAAGGGCUUUGAAUUACUUUGGAUUUGCUCUCUGUUUAAAUCAAUGCCCAUUCUUCUCUUUCUACUCCUUCAGCAGCCAUUCUUAGUGCCACAUCUUGAAUAAAUGGAUAAAAUGCCUUCAUGCAACAAAGAGAAACCUUUUGGAGACAAAAUUCCCUUUAAAUUUAGCCAGUUUGAUGUCACAUUUCAGAGCCACUGUAUUUAGUCUUUGCAAGAGGUUCAUCUGCAUAGCCAUGAGAGGCUGGCAGUUUGAAAGACAAACCAUUUUGUGACCUCAUUUUACAUCUCUGCCAAUUAUGUGACAGCAUCAUAUUUACUGCCUAUUUACUCUCCAUUAUUAGUGAUGAAGCUGUACCAUUCUAAACAGCACUGGCUACUACUAUUGCUCCAUAAAAUGGUCUUUUUUUUCCAUAAAUGCCAUGUAACAAAACUCUAGUAGCUUUGUAAGGUUUUUAAUUCUUUAUCAUAAAUUUUAAAAUAAAUGGAAAUAAAUGAUUUUCAUUGCA